AUGAGAUUUCCCCUAGAGAGCUAUUCCGUGAUCCCCAUCAAAGAAGUCAGGAGCUUCGACUUGCUUAAUGGAUCUCGAGACAGUCCCCAAGAACACUGUCACAAGUCUAGACGGACCCUCAGGCUCAAGACGUAUGCCACCCUUCCAGAAGCACCUCAGGAGGAGGCUUCUCUCAGCAAUAGGCUCAAGACGUAUGCCACCCUUCCAGAAGCACCUCAGGAGGAGGCUUCUCUCAGCAAUAGGCUCAAGACGUAUGCCACCCUUCCAGAAGCAACUCAGGAGGAGGCUUCUCUCAGCAAUAGGCUCAAGACGUAUGCCAACCUUCCAGAAGCACCUCACGAAGAGGCUUCUCUCAGCAAUAGGCUCAAGACGUAUGCCACCCUUCCAGAAGCACCUCAGGAGGAGACUUCUCUCAGCAAUAGGCUCAAGACGUAUGCCACCCUUCCAGAAGCACCUCAAGAGGAGGCUUCUCUCAGCAAUAGGCUCAAGACGUAUGCCAACCUUCCAGAAGCACCUCACGAAGAGGCUUCUCUCAGCAAUAGGCUCAAGACGUAUGCCACCCUUCCAGAAGCACCUCAGGAGGAGACUUCUCUCAGCAAUAGGCUCAAGACGUAUGCCACCCUUCCAGAAGCACCUCAAGAGGAGGCUUCUCUCAGCAAUAGGCUCAAGACGUAUGCCAACCUUCCAGAAGCACCUCACGAAGAGGCUUCUCUCAGCAAUAGGCUCAAGACGUAUGCCACCCUUCCAGAAGCACCUCAGGAGGAGACUUCUCUCAGCAAUAGGCUCAAGACGUAUGCCACCCUUCCAGAAGCACCUCAAGAGGAGGCUUCUCUCAGCAAUAGGCUCAAGACGUAUGCCAACCUUCCAGAAGCACCUCACGAAGAGGCUUCUCUCAGCAAUAGGCUCAAGACGUAUGCCACCCUUCCAGAAGCACCUCAGGAGGAGACUUCUCUCAGCAAUAGGCUCAAGACGUAUGCCACCCUUCCAGAAGCACCUCAAGAGGAGGCUUCUCUCAGCAAUAGGCUCAAGACGUAUGCCACCCUUCCAGAAGCACCUCAAGAGGAGGCUUCUCUCAGCAAUAGGCUCAAGACGUAUGCCACCCUUCCAGAAGCACCUCAAGAGGAGGCUUCUCUCAGCAAUAGGCUCAAGACGUAUGCCACCCUUCCAGAAGCACCUCAAGAGGAGGCUUUUCUCAGCAAUAGGCUCAAGACGUAUGCCACCCUUCCAGAAGCACCUCAAGAGGAGGCUUUUCUCAGCAAUAGGCUCAAGACGUAUGCCACCCUUCCAGAAGCACCUCAAGAGGAGGCUUCUCUCAGCAAUAGGCUCAAGACGUAUGCCACCCUUCCAGAAGCACCUCAAGAGGAGGCUUCUCUCAGCAAUAGGCUCAAGACGUAUGCCAACCUUCCAGAAGCACCUCACGAAGAGGCUUCUCUCAGCAAUAGGCUCAAGACGUAUGCCACCCUUCCAGAAGCACCUCAGGAGGAGACUUCUCUCAGCAAUAGGCUCAAGACGUAUGCCACCCUUCCAGAAGCACCUCCAGAGGAGGAUUCUCUCAGCAGUAGGCUCAAGACGUAUGCCACCCUUCCAGAAGCACCUCAGGAGGAGGCUUCUCUCAGCAAUAGGCUCAAGACGUAUGCCAACCGUCCAGAAGCACCUCACGAGGAGGCUUCUCUCAGCAAUAGGCUCAAGACGUAUGCCACCCUUCCAGAAGCACCUCCAGAGGAGGCUUCUCUCAGCAGUAGGCUCAAGACGUAUGCCAACCGUCCAGAAGCACCUCACGAGGAGGCUUCUCUCAGCAAUAGGCUCAAGACGUAUGCCACCCUUCCAGAAGCACCUCCAGAGGAGGCUUCUCUCAGCAGUAGGCUCAAGACGUAUGCCAACCGUCCAGAAGCACCUCACGAGGAGGCUUCUCUCAGCAAUAGGCUCAAGACGAAUGCCACGCUUCCAGAAUCACCUCAAGAGGAGGCUUCUCUCAGCAAUAGGGUCAAGACGUAUGCCAACCUUCCAGAAGCACCUCACGAAGAGGCUUCCCUCAGCAAUAGGCUCAAGACGUAUGCCAACCUUCCAGAAGCACCUCACGAAGAGGCUUCUCUCAGCAACAGGCUCAAGACGUAUGCCACCCUUCCAGAAGCACCUCAGGAGGAGGCUUCUCUCAGCAAUAGGCUCAAGACGUAUGCCACCCUUCCAGAAGCACCUCAGGAGGAGGCUUCUCUCAGCAAUAGGCUCAAGACGUAUGCCAACCUUCCAGAAGCACCUCACGAAGAGGCUUCUCUCAGCAAUAGGCUCAAGACGUAUGCCAACCUUCCAGAAGCACCUCACGAAGAGGCUUCUCUCAGCAAUAGGCUCAAGACGUAUGCCACCCUUCCAGAAGCAUCUCAGGAGGAGACUUCUCUCAGCAAUAGGCUCAAGACGUAUGCCACCCUUCCAGAAGCACCUCAAGAGGAGGCUUCUCUCAGCAAUAGGCUCAAGACGUAUGCCAACCUUCCAGAAGCACCUCACGAAGAGGCUUCUCUCAGCAAUAGGCUCAAGACGUAUGCCACCCUUCCAGAAGCAUCUCAGGAGGAGACUUCUCUCAGCAAUAGGCUCAAGACGUAUGCGAACCUUCCAGAAGCACCUCACGAAGAGGCUUCUCUCAGCAAUAGGCUCAAGACGUAUGCCACCCUUCCAGAAGCACCUCAGGAGGAGACUUCUCUCAGCAAUAGGCUCAAGACGUAUGCCACCCUUCCAGAAGCACCUCAAGAGGAGGCUUCUCUCAGCAAUAGGCUCAAGACGUAUGCCAACCUUCCAGAAGCACCUCACGAAGAGGCUUCUCUCAGCAAUAGGCUCAAGACGUAUGCCACCCUUCCAGAAGCACCUCAGGAGGAGACUUCUCUCAGCAAUAGGCUCAAGACGUAUGCCAACCUUCCAGAAGCACCUCACGAAGAGGCUUCUCUCAGCAAUAGGCUCAAGACGUAUGCCACCCUUCCAGAAGCACCUCAGGAGGAGACUUCUCUCAGCAAUAGGCUCAAGACGUAUGCCAACCUUCCAGAAGCACCUCACGAAGAGGCUUCUCUCAGCAAUAGGCUCAAGACGUAUGCCACCCUUCCAGAAGCAUCUCAGGAGGAGACUUCUCUCAGCAAUAGGCUCAAGACGUAUGCCACCCUUCCAGAAGCACCUCAAGAGGAGGCUUCUCUCAGCAAUAGGCUCAAGACGUAUGCCAACCUUCCAGAAGCACCUCACGAAGAGGCUUCUCUCAGCAAUAGGCUCAAGACGUAUGCCACCCUUCCAGAAGCACCUCAGGAGGAGACUUCUCUCAGCAAUAGGCUCAAGACGUAUGCCACCCUUCCAGAAGCACCUCAAGAGGAGGCUUCUCUCAGCAAUAGGCUCAAGACGUAUGCCAACCUUCCAGAAGCACCUCACGAAGAGGCUUCUCUCAGCAAUAGGCUCAAGACGUAUGCCACCCUUCCAGAAGCAUCUCAGGAGGAGACUUCUCUCAGCAAUAGGCUCAAGACGUAUGCCACCCUUCCAGAAGCACCUCAAGAGGAGGCUUCUCUCAGCAAUAGGCUCAAGACGUAUGCCAACCUUCCAGAAGCACCUCACGAAGAGGCUUCUCUCAGCAAUAGGCUCAAGACGUAUGCCACCCUUCCAGAAGCACCUCAGGAGGAGACUUCUCUCAGCAAUAGGCUCAAGACGUAUGCCACCCUUCCAGAAGCACCUCAAGAGGAGGCUUCUCUCAGCAAUAGGCUCAAGACGUAUGCCAACCUUCCAGAAGCACCUCACGAAGAGGCUUCUCUCAGCAAUAGGCUCAAGACGUAUGCCACCCUUCCAGAAGCACCUCAGGAGGAGACUUCUCUCAGCAAUAGGCUCAAGACGUAUGCCAACCUUCCAGAAGCACCUCACGAAGAGGCUUCUCUCAGCAAUAGGCUCAAGACGUAUGCCACCCUUCCAGAAGCACCUCAGGAGGAGACUUCUCUCAGCAAUAGGCUCAAGACGUAUGCCAACCUUCCAGAAGCACCUCACGAAGAGGCUUCUCUCAGCAAUAGGCUCAAGACGUAUGCCACCCUUCCAGAAGCACCUCAGGAGGAGACUUCUCUCAGCAAUAGGCUCAAGACGUAUGCCACCCUUCCAGAAGCACCUCAAGAGGAGGCUUCUCUCAGCAAUAGGCUCAAGACGUAUGCCAACCUUCCAGAAGCACCUCACGAAGAGGCUUCUCUCAGCAAUAGGCUCAAGACGUAUGCCACCCUUCCAGAAGCACCUCAGGAGGAGACUUCUCUCAGCAAUAGGCUCAAGACGUAUGCCACCCUUCCAGAAGCACCUCAGGAGGAGACUUCUCUCAGCAAUAGGCUCAAGACGUAUGCCACCCUUCCAGAAGCACCUCAAGAGGAGGCUUCUCUCAGCAAUAGGCUCAAGACGUAUGCCACCCUUCCAGAAGCACCUCCAGAGGAGGCUUCUCUCAGCAGUAGGCUCAAGACGUAUGCCACCCUUCCAGAAGCACCUCAGGAGGAGGCUUCUCUCAGCAAUAGGCUCAAGACGUAUGCCAACCGUCCAGAAGCACCUCACGAGGAGGCUUCUCUCAGCAAUAGGCUCAAGACGUAUGCCACCCUUCCAGAAGCACCUCCAGAGGAGGCUUCUCUCAGCAGUAGGCUCAAGACGUAUGCCAACCGUCCAGAAGCACCUCACGAGGAGGCUUCUCUCAGCAAUAGGCUCAAGACGUAUGCCACCCUUCCAGAAGCACCUCCAGAGGAGGCUUCUCUCAGCAGUAGGCUCAAGACGUAUGCCAACCGUCCAGAAGCACCUCACGAGGAGGCUUCUCUCAGCAAUAGGCUCAAGACGUAUGCCACCCUUCCAGAAGCACCUCCAGAGGAGGCUUCUCUCAGCAGUAGGCUCAAGACGUAUGCCAACCGUCCAGAAGCACCUCACGAGGAGGCUUCUCUCAGCAAUAGGCUCAAGACGUAUGCCACCCUUCCAGAAGCACCUCCAGAGGAGGCUUCUCUCAGCAGUAGGCUCAAGACGUAUGCCAACCGUCCAGAAGCACCUCACGAGGAGGCUUCUCUCAGCAAUAGGCUCAAGACGAAUGCCACGCUUCCAGAAUCACCUCAAGAGGAGGCUUCUCUCAGCAAUAGGGUCAAGACGUAUGCCAACCUUCCAGAAGCACCUCACGAAGAGGCUUCCCUCAGCAAUAGGCUCAAGACGUAUGCCAACCUUCCAGAAGCACCUGAGGAGGAGGCUUCUCUCAGCAAUAGGCUCAAGACGUAUGCCACCCUUCCAGAAGCACCUCAAGAGGAGGCUUCUCUCAGCAAUAGGCUCAAGACGUAUGCCAACCUUCCAGAAGCACCUCACGAAGAGGCUUCUCUCAGCAACAGGCUCAAGACGUAUGCCACCCUUCCAGAAGCACCUCAGGAGGAGGCUUCUCUCAGCAAUAGGCUCAAGACGUAUGCCACCCUUCCAGAAGCACCUCAGGAGGAGGCUUCUCUCAGCAAUAGGCUCAAGACGAAUGCCACCCUUCCAGAAGCACCUCAAGAGGAGGCUUCUCUCAGCAAUAGGCUCAAGACGUAUGCCACCCUUCCAGAAGCACCUCAAGAGGAGGCUUCUCUCAGCAAUAGGCUCAAGACGUAUGCCAACCUUCCAGAAGCACCUCACGAAGAGGCUUCUCUCAGCAACAGGCUCAAGACGUAUGCCACCCUUCCAGAAGCACCUCAGGAGGAGGCUUCUCUCAGCAAUAGGCUCAAGACGAAUGCCACCCUUCCAGAAGCACCUCAAGAGGAGGCUUCUCUCAGCAAUAGGCUCAAGACGUAUGCCACCCUUCCAGAAGCACCUCAGGAGGAGGCUUCUCUCAGCAAUAGGCUCAAGACGUAUGCCACCCUUCCAGAAGCACCUCAGGAGGAGGCUUCUCUCAGCAAUAGGCUCAAGACGUAUGCCAACCUUCCAGAAGCACCUCACGAAGAGGCUUCUCUCAGCAAUAGGCUCAAGACGUAUGCCACCCUUCCAGAAGCACCUCAGGAGGAGACUUCUCUCAGCAAUAGGCUCAAGACGUAUGCCACCCUUCCAGAAGCAGCUCAAGAGGAGGCUUCUCUCAGCAAUAGGCUCAAGACGUAUGCCAACCUUCCAGAAGCACCUCACGAAGAGGCUUCUCUCAGCAAUAGGCUCAAGACGUAUGCCACCCUUCCAGAAGCAUCUCAGGAGGAGACUUCUCUCAGCAAUAGGCUCAAGACGUAUGCCACCCUUCCAGAAGCACCUCAAGAGGAGGCUUCUCUCAGCAAUAGGCUCAAGACGUAUGCCAACCUUCCAGAAGCACCUCACGAAGAGGCUUCUCUCAGCAAUAGGCUCAAGACGUAUGCCACCCUUCCAGAAGCAUCUCAGGAGGAGACUUCUCUCAGCAAUAGGCUCAAGACGUAUGCCACCCUUCCAGAAGCACCUCAAGAGGAGGCUUCUCUCAGCAAUAGGCUCAAGACGUAUGCCAACCUUCCAGAAGCACCUCACGAAGAGGCUUCUCUCAGCAAUAGGCUCAAGACGUAUGCCACCCUUCCAGAAGCAUCUCAGGAGGAGACUUCUCUCAGCAAUAGGCUCAAGACGUAUGCCAACCUUCCAGAAGCACCUCACGAAGAGGCUUCUCUCAGCAAUAGGCUCAAGACGUAUGCCACCCUUCCAGAAGCACCUCAGGAGGAGACUUCUCUCAGCAAUAGGCUCAAGACGUAUGCCACCCUUCCAGAAGCACCUCAAGAGGAGGCUUCUCUCAGCAAUAGGCUCAAGACGUAUGCCAACCUUCCAGAAGCACCUCACGAAGAGGCUUCUCUCAGCAAUAGGCUCAAGACGUAUGCCACCCUUCCAGAAGCACCUCAGGAGGAGACUUCUCUCAGCAAUAGGCUCAAGACGUAUGCCACCCUUCCAGAAGCACCUCAAGAGGAGGCUUCUCUCAGCAAUAGGCUCAAGACGUAUGCCAACCUUCCAGAAGCACCUCACGAAGAGGCUUCUCUCAGCAAUAGGCUCAAGACGUAUGCCACCCUUCCAGAAGCACCUCAGGAGGAGACUUCUCUCAGCAAUAGGCUCAAGACGUAUGCCACCCUUCCAGAAGCACCUCAGGAGGAGACUUCUCUCAGCAAUAGGGUCAAGACGUAUGCCAACCUUCCUGAAGCACCUCACGAAGAGGCUUCUCUCAGCAAUAGGCUCAAGACGUAUGCCACCCUUCCAGAAGCACCUCCAGAGGAGGCUUCUCUCAGCAGUAGGCUCAAGACGUAUGCCACCCUUCCAGAAGCACCUCAAGAGGAGGCUUCUCUCAGCAAUAGGCUCAAGACGUAUGCCAACCGUCCAGAAGCACCUCACGAGGAGGCUUCUCUCAGCAAUAGGCUCAAGACAUAUGCCAACAUUCCAGAAGCACCUCAAGAGGACUCUUCUCUCAGCAAUAGGCUCAAGACCUAUGCCAACCGUCCAGAAGCACCUCACGAGGAGGCUUCUCUCAGCAAUAGAUGCCCAGAGAACACUGUCCCAAGUGUAGAGGAACACCAACUUCAGCACAGCAACUCGAGGAAUGCUCCGUGUACCCCAAAACGUCUCGAGGUGAGAGCUGAUUCCCUGACUUACGCUCAAGAGAGCCAGCCCCCGUUAUCCAUUCAACACUACCAUUGGCUUGACUUCCUUCAGCCAACUCCAGAGAUGCCCCGAGAACACUGUCCCAAGUCUAGAGGAACACCAACUUCAGCACUGCAACACGAGGAUUGCUCCGUGUACCCCAAAUUAUCUCGAGAUGAGAGCUGA